GGUGGUCUGUCCGAACGACAAGAUCGUGCGAUUAUAUAGAUAACUUUUAGCAUUAGUAAUCCUUGAUAAUUUCAGUUAAUAACUACAGCUAUCAUUACAAAGGAAUACUUUAAUCAAUAUACAAUAUCAAUAUAUAAGAAAAAAAUAUUGUUGCAGAUCUCUAAAAUGAAAACUGGGAUGGCAUUCCUAAUACUAUUAUUAAGCAGGGGGCUAAUAUUUAUCAGCGCAACAGCUUUUGUCAUCGACGACAUUGAGACUUCGGAAACGAUCUCCAACUUUAACAAUUACCGUAUAUCGGAUUAUACAAUACCGGAGCGCGUUGUCUCCAACAAUGACACUAAUUACCGUUUAUCAAAGCACAUAAUACCGGAGCACUAUUUUAUCAAGAUAGAUUUAUCAAAUAUGAGUCAUAUCAUACAUUACGAAACAAUUUUUUUUUCCGGCAAAAUCAGUAUCGAUUUCAGGAUUGUUCAUCCAACAAAAACUAUAGAUUUCCAUGUACAAAGACCUUAUAUAAAAAUUCGUGAUUACAUAUUUUUUCGACGAUCUAAUAUCAGCGAGCAUGUAACGACUGAUCUUGUGGAAAAGUCAUACAAUCCUUCGUCACAUAUUUUCGUUCUUUACUUCGCCGAAGAACUAUCACGAGGAAAUUACACACUGAAAAUGGAGUUUGACCAUAAUGCAGAUGACGAGACAAAAAACUUUUUCCAAAUGUUCUAUUUAAACGAAAUAGGAGAGAAAAAGUGGAUGGUUGCAACACGUUUCCGGGGAAUUGGUGCUCGACAGUUAUUUCCAUGUUGGGAUGAACCGGAAUUUACGGCUACUUUUCGCAUUGCAGUUAAACAUCAUUCAAAUUAUACGGUUUUAUCGAAUACCCCGAUAUCUGAGGUGCAUCCGAUUGCAACUACAGUAGUGUGGAGAAUGUUCGAUGUUACUCCUGCAAUACCUACUCAUCUUGUGGCAUUUACAGUGUUCGAUCCGAUCUCCGUUUACUCUUUUUCAAACAACAUAUUGUCGCCAUCUCAUUUAAUAUUUGCACAGCAAUUUUAUAAAUUAUUUAUGAAUUAUACCACAAAUUAUUUACAACCCAACUGGAAUAUCUUGAAAAAUGUUGAACAAUAUCUUGGACAAGUGCAUCAUAUUGCAAUUCCAAAUUUCCCAAACAACGCUAUGGCAAACUGGAGACUUAAUUUUUAUAGAGAAGCUGAUAUUAUCUAUGAAGAAGGAAAAGAUCCUGUUAUGCGCAAAAUAGUAGCAGCACGUUUAAUAGCAUGCGAAAUGAUGCAACAGUUGUUUGGUAAUCUUGUCAGCCCAUCCUGGUGGUCUUAUCUUUGGUUGAACGAUGGUAUUGCUAUGUUGUUCGGAAUAGAAGUUCUCAAUGAGAUUCUCCCAGAUUCCCGGAUAAUGGAUUUGUUUGCAGUCCAAAAUCGAUAUGAAUCUCUUCAUUUGGACUCCGGUUUUAUGAAGCCUCUCACAUCGAAGGUCGAUAGCCCCUCUGAAAUUAAUUCACUUUUCUCUCAUCCCCGUUACAUCAAAGCAUUUGCAGUAUUGCGCAUGUUACAACACGUACUUUCCGAUGACGUGUUUCGACAGGGUAUCUCAUUAUACUUUAGCACCUAUAAAUAUAAAUCUGCAAGUCUCGACAAUUUCUGGACAGCUAUGGAAGCUGCCCAAGAUGAAUCGUCAAUCCAAGAAGAUAGCAAAUUUAAUAUAUCACGAAUGAUGAAUGCUUGGACGACGCAACCGCAUUAUCCCAUACUAAAAAUAAAAGAAUAUCAUCAUAAUACCAGUAACAUGAUAGUAUUGUUCGAAAAUGUCCAUGUAUCGUAUCUGAAUGAUUGGUGGAUACCUUUAACCUUUAUUACUAUUGAUGAUUUUAUAUCGAAUUAUAAUAAUUGUAAGAUCUUUGAUAAUGUAUGGCUACAAACUGCGCCAAUGCAGGUUCCAUAUCGUGAAAUUAUUUUAAAGAACAAUAAAACUGGACUGGAUGCUAGUCAACCUAACUGGAUGUUAGUCAACUUACAACAAACUGGAUAUUAUCGUGUCAAUUAUGAUGUCCCUAUUUGGCAUAAGAUAAUCGAUUUUAUGCAUUCUGAAGACGUAAAAAUUAAAAAAUUGCCUGUUUUAACUCGUGCCCAAUUAAUCGAUGAUGCGUUUCACCUUAUGAUAGCGGGCCAACUCGAUUCCGUAAUAUUCUGGCAAUUGUCAAAAUUCCUAAUGAAAGAGAAAGAUUACAUAGUAUGGUAUCCCAUGUUCAAAGCUUUUGAAUAUAUGUCAAGUAUCUUGCCACUUCCAAAAGUUCAAGAAAUCAAGAAAAAUACACAGAUUAUAUUCCGUACACUUUUUACGAGCAUAGAUUUUGACGAAUAUCCUAAUAAUGACGAUCUUACUAAAUGUUUGAAGCAAGAGGCCGCAAAAUGGGCAUGUAUUUUUGAUUUGGAAGAAUGCAUAAAAGCCUCCAAUUAUAAUUUGAUGAGGCACAUCGAAAAUCCUUUAGAAUACAAAAUUUUGCCGUGGUGGAAGGAAUGGACAUAUUGUCACGGUAUGGGUGCGAGUUACGAAAUGUGGACAAAAGUAUUACAGUUUUGGCAAAAGACAUCUGAUCCAAAGGAAUCUAGUAAAAUUUUAAAAUUCUUGGUUUGCACUAAAAAUAAAAAGGCGAUCAAAUCGAUGUUAACUAAGGAAAAAAAUAUCUUUUCAAAUUUACAAGUUAAAGACCAUAUUAAGAUUUUUUCUUUAACUGUUGCAAAGCAUGUAAAAAAGAAUAAAGUGCUUGACUAUGUAUUAUCUAAUUUUAAAGAAGUGAAACCCAGAGAGAUCAGUACAGUUGCAGCAUUAAUUAAUAUUAUUAAUCAUGUCUACUCUAAGGCACAACUUGAAAAG